AUGUCCGAACUUGCACCAUUCGUGGGAAAGAAAGUUCAUGUUAUAACAACCGACGCUCGAUUCUUUGAAGGGGUACUAGAAGGAUUCGAUAAAAACACCAAUAUAAUACUUAGCAAUAGCAUCGAACGAAUAAUAUACUCGACACAAGAGAUUGAUGAAACUAAUGAAGAAAUACCGAGUGGUGUUAAUAUUAUGAGGGGUAAUGAAAUUGUUUGUAUUGGAGAGAUUGAUGAUAAUUUGUAUGCCAAAGUCAAUUGGUUAGAAAUGAGGGGAUCACCACUCAAGACUACAAAGAAUCCACUCUAA